GUUUUAAGCCUUAGAAUCAGACAUGGCGUCUUGGUGCAUCUCUCUACUCAUGUACUGUAGGGUUAGGCGGUACAUGUUUGGCUAUAGACUGUAUAUGCUAGGUUGCUCUCUCUCCUCUGUAGAUUGCUCUGGAAUCAGCCUGUGUGAUUGAUGACGGAGAGACUAUGCUUGUGGAAGGUCUGCGUGUCGCCCCGCAGGAAAGGGGUAAAGGUGUAGCAGGAGUUCUGCUGCGGUUCUGCUCCGAACUGAUCAAAUCCAAGUAUCCAGACGUGAAAGUCAGCCGCCUGACCCGCGAUGACCAGCUUGGGCCCAAGGAUUUUGAAAAGUAUCGUAUUAUAACCAAGCAGGGAAUUCUGCUGGUGCGUUUCAGAGCUGAAGAACUCAAACUGCAUCUUUGCCAGAUGAUGCAAACAGAGGGGGUUCGUUCAUCAGUGUCCACACGCCAGGCCCCGCCCCCUCCUGUGCGUCUGGAUCAAACAGCGAUCCAUCAGCUCUAUCUGAGCACUGAGCUGAUGCAGCGAGUGCUUCCCAACGCCACCAUCAUUCAGGACUGGCAGCCAUUUAAGCUUCUACCCAGCAACCUGGCCAUCCUCCUGAAGAAGGACAUAGACUGGAUGGUGGACGAUGUGUGCAGCCCUACUGUGGCCAGUCUGUGUACCUUCCCCUUCAAGGUGCCCAUUGGAGACGACUGGUAA